AUGAACUACGCACCAAUUUCGAACAAUAAUUCCCGUCAAAGCAGUUCUCGAUACUCAACUGCACCGAAAAAUCGUCCAAUGUAUAAUCGAAACACAUCAAGUGGAUACAAUGGUAGCCGACAAAACAAACCUUCGGAGCAUACAAGACCAACACAGCGAUCGAACGCAUGUUUCGAUUGCGGCAGAUUAGAAUUGUACAUCGAUAUCGGUGAUAGGCCAACAAUGAUCAAAGGAUAUGUUGUGAAGGAAUUAUGUUCCGAAAGGAUAUUAGGAAUGAAUUUCAUUAGCAAAUACCAAUUCAUUAUCAAUGUUGAAGAACACACAGUGACAUUGCGUGACGAUGACAAAUGUAUUACGGCAACACUCGAAGUUAACCAAUGCAAAAUUCAUUACUCAACACGAACAACUCGUUAUACUCACACAGUAGUGUCAAACUCGAAACUUGAGUUGCAGUAUCACUGCUGA